AUGGAAUUUAUUUUCAAGAAAGAGCGACGCACCUUUGGUGCCCGCGUUAACUUCGAAGACAAAGAUGAUGUGGUGUUCAGCGAGAACUCGAAUCCGGAGCUGGUUAAGAACUACAUACUGCAGAACCCCGUGGACCGGGUGACGCAAUACGCUGGACAAACCUCACUGAGUGUGGCCAAUACGGAAAGGGCAACGUACAAGAGUACGGGCAUUACACACAAUGAAGGCGGAUGGCCAAAGGACAUUAAUAUGCACGAUCCAGAGCAGACGGUCCGAUACAAACGGAAAAUCGAGAAGGACGAGAAUUACAUCACACAAGUGAUGAACCUUACCAAGCCCAUGGAGCACUACAUUCAUCAGAACAAUGCCGUCAAUAUCUAUGAGAACUAUUUUGAGAACCUCGACCCAGCUCCUCUGCCCGAACCGUGUAAGUCGCGUACGGUCAAUGUUUACCGAGACCCCAAUCCCAUCAAGGUGCCAGUAAAGCAUCUGUCUUGGUCCCCGGAUGGCGGCAUCAAGAUGGCCGUAAGCCACUGCGACAUGCGUUUUCAGGGCGACAAGACCAACCAGAAAUGCAAUUCUUACAUUUGGGAAGUGGAGAAUCCUAACGAGCCCUUUCUCACAUUGGAACCAAAAGUGCCUUGCGUUUGCCUAGAGUACAAUCAGAAGGAUCCAACUAGUCUCGUCAGUGGCAUGUACAAUGGUCAGGUGGCAGCAUGGGACACACGACAUGGAAAACAUCCAGUCAUGAUCAGCGAACGGGAGGUGUGUCAUCGAGAUCCUGUUAACUCGGUGCUUUGGAACAACUCGAAGAGCGGCACCGAGUUCUUCUCCGGCGGCUCCGAUGGUCAGGUGUUGUGGUGGGACACUCGAAAGCUAACCGAACCCCUUGACCGGCUUCUCAUGGAUCCGGUGAAGAGUGACGAUCAGGAUCUGUCUCGAUCUUAUGGGAUAUCAGUGUUAGAGUAUGAGACCACCAUACCCACCAGAUUCAUGGCGGGCACCGAGAUGGGCAUGCUCUUCUCCUGCAAUCGCAAGGGCAAGACUCCCACGGAAAAAAUUCAGAUACGGAUGAUGUGCCAUCUGGGGCCGGUGUAUGCCAUCACCAGGAAUCCGGCCUUUGUUAAAAACUUCCUAACAGUGGGCGAUUGGUGUGCCCGAAUCUGGUCGGAGGAUUGCAGGGAAAGCUCCAUCAUCUGGACCAAGAGCAGCAGCUCUAUGUUGACCGAUGGCGCUUGGAGCUAUACCAAGGUUUCGCAGUUCUUCAUUACCCGAAUGGAUGGGGUUUUAGAUACAUGGGAUCUUCUGCAGCAACAGAAUGAGCCGGUUCUCACAGUUAAGGUGUGCGAUGAACCAUUAUAUUGUGUCCGAACCAACGAGAACGGCAAGUUCGUGAGCUGUGGCAGCCAGUUAGGAGCCACUUUCCUUAUUGAGGUCUCCGACAACAUGGUGAUGUCAGCCAAGAACGACAAACCACUUCUCACCGCUAUGUUUGAGCGAGAGAAUCGUCGCGAGAAGAUCCUGGAGGCCAAGUCCCGGGAAAGCAAGCUAAAGGUUAAGGCCAACCAUGGUCAGGAUCAGGCGGACACAAUGAUGAUCAACGGAAAGGUCAAUAUGGCUCCAUUCGAAGGAGCCUGCGAACAAGCCGCUUCGGAAUACUUUGCGGCCGUGGAACAGGAACGCCAAAGGCGACUGCCCGGCGGAAAGCGUAGAGGAUGCGGAGGAGGCUGAUGUGUCCGAGGCAGAGAGCUCCAAACUGUAAAUCUCGAAUGGAAAUUUACCAU